CUGUCUGGCUUGACGCUCGGCGUUGCACCGGCUUCUCUCUUGUCCUUUACUGUAUGAGCCAUUUGUGUUCAUCUGUAAAUUACAUGUUUUCUGUCUGUCGCUGUGACUCUGGGAUCAGCAGCGCAUGUCGCGCAGUCUUUGCGUCAGCUUGACGUGCGAAGAAAAGCGGAGAUGCGCUCCGUGGACUCACUUCAUUGAUAGUCGUGAGCUUCCAUCACAGGCCUUAUUCUCUGAUCACUGGAGCUAGUUCCUCAUUAUGGAAAUGAUGCGGUGAGACAGAGUUUCGGAUCACAGAGGGCUUUUUUUUUCUUUCUGAGAAAAUGAAGAUUUGGAGCACCGAGCAUGUUUUCAGUUACCCAUGGGAGACGGUGAUCAAGGCUGCCAUGAGGAAGUACCCAAACCCCAUGAACCCUAAUGUGGUCGGGGUGGACGUGCUGGACCGUAGUCUGGAUGAAGAGGGACGCCUGCACAGCCACAGACUCCUCAGCACAGAGUGGGGCCUCCCGAGCAUCGUGCGAGCGAUACUGGGAACCAGUCAGACGCAGACAUACGUGAAGGAACAUUCUAUAGUCGACCCAGACGAGAAAAAGAUGGAGCUCUGCUCAACGAAUAUUACUCUCACCAACCUGAUUUCAGUGGAUGAGCGGCUUCUUUACAGACCUCACCCUGACAACCCUGAGGUUACCGUCCUGACACAGGAGGCCAUCAUCACAGUGAAGGGAGUGAGCCUAAGCAGUUACUUGGAGGGGAUGAUGGCUAGAAGGAUGUCAGCCAACGCCAGGAAGGACUACUACAGUUCUGCAGUGACGACUAAUUUACCUGGCUACACCUCACAAACCACCGGGGAUUCUCAACAUCUCGGGAUCCUCUGCAGUUGGUACUUAUACCGUCUGUGAGGUUUUGUUGGGGUGUUUUUUAACUCCCACACCACCUCACUCACCUCAUGCACUGGAAGCUUAGACAGAUGGUGAAAUGCUGCCAAACCAAAUGAUGUAUCAAAGAGUGUUAGAAAUGGCUUAAAGGGCUUGUGGGUCCACGUCUGGUAGAUGUGGCUCAAUGCUAAGACUGUACUCAAUACACCAUCAACAAUUCAAAUUAAGGCAACUGAGAAGAGCAGGACAGCUUCCCGACACAAUCUACUGCUGAAUAAACAUCUAAGGAUGCAGCCGUCCAGGAUUCUCAUCGAUAUCAUCAGCCUACCAGACUUCACUGGUUUGAAUAUAAUACCACUACUCCACGUUUCCUUUGGGCUCAUGUCAUAUCUUAGCAGAAGAGAUGUAGACGAGGGAUGCAGGAGAUACACGCACACAAUUCUGAGAAUGGUACAAUGACAAUAUGCAACAAACUUUGUAGCUUUUCCUUGAAAUGAUGUACGUCUUCUCAAAUGUCAAACACUGGCCACUCCUCCAGCAGGAGAUCAAGUAAAAAAAAAAAAAAAAAAGUUACUGGUGCUUGUUAUGUUUUUCAAAAGGCACAAACUGUAGAUGAUAUGUUUGCAUGAUAGUAGUUAAAAAAGGUGAGGGGGGGUUACUAAAGAAAAUAAGGUAGGUAGCUAACUAUAUGAUUGCUAAUGCAGCUUUAGAUAGAAAAUUCAAAGAAAUGAUAUUGUUUAUCUCCGGAAAAAAAAAAAAAACAUGGGAAUGUAUCAUUAACAUUGCCUUCUUCUUCUGCUGCUGUCACAGCAACAAUACACUGGCACCUUUUUGAUGGAAAACCGGUGGGCAGUGUUGCCUCAAACCAGCAAAUUUGUAAUGAGGAAGAUAAAGAUGACGUAUUCAGCUUUUGUCUAGUGAAAAAGAUGAACAAACUCUCUUUGUGGACCUUACAUGAUGCCUGUGUAUUAUAGCUUUGACAGCAUUAAUACACAUUCAUGCCUUUGCCAGUCGCACACACGUCAUGCUUCCCAAAUGUUGGACUAAAAGCUACCUUACACACCCUGGAGAGCAGGGCUUGUACUGUAUGUGCAAUGCUGCAAGUGGGAGACGCGCAGUCACAAUGACUCGUGUCAUAUUUCCUGAAUUAUGAAUAAUAUUUACAUAAUAUUUGUAUAAAUAUUAUUUAUUUUAAAACAUGGUGAAUUAUAACAUUGUUUCUAUCAUGCAAAAAAGGAAAAAAAGUUGCAUUUGCUUUGUUCGUUUUAACUUCAGCUGUUGUCCUACUGCAACAAUUAAAACAAUUGUUUGAGAAAACUGUUGUGUUGUUGUUGAUCAAACGGAGCUCACUGUUUGACAGGAACAGUGUUAUUAUACAGCAGGCCUGCCUCAUUAAGACCAGUGCCCUGGAGGUCUUUUUGGUUUAAUGACUCAGGAGAGGCCCAUUUGUAUUUUAAGGUAGUUUGUUUCCACUACCAGCAUUUGAGUUAGGUGAGGGGCUUACCCUAUUUAAUUAGAGCCUUGGCUUAGUGUUUCAUCAGCUAAGCACUGUUUCAGUCCACUGCACGAGUAAAAAAGAAAAAGACAUGAAUAGUAAUUGUAGUUUGUUGUAAACCCUGUCCUGAUGGUGCAAAGUACUAACAGUAUGUUUUUGGAAGUUGCAGUUCAUCAUUUGUCCACUAGAGAGCAGAAUUUGCUUCCAGCAGCAAGCAAACGUACAGAGCAGCUCCUGAUCAUCUUUAUGAUUGGGUUCAAUAACUGUCCUACAUAAAGCGUCAGUGUCUGCUAAAAAGAAAAUUCACAUCUAAGUGUGAAACUGACAACAGAGAACCAGAGAAGUUAUUUCCUUUUAUUUAUUCAACAGAACAUAAGCAGAACACAAUGCAUAGCAUGUACAUCAGUCCUCACUGUCUGAGCAGUGACAGAGGAAAGUCAACAUUGCAACUUUAUACCAAAAAGGUCCUUCAAACCUAAUAGUGCAAGUUGAGCCACUUGCCAGAAUCUCAAUAAAUAAGUAAACUCAGCUCGGUGUUAAAAAAAAAAAAAA